AUGGUCCUCGUCACCGCCGCCAUAGCGCUCGCCGUCGCCGCGCUCCCAGCCCUCGGCCUCCAAGUUGUCCCGCCCGGCCCCUCGUCCUACACGUACAUCUUUGCCGGGUGUGCCCCCGCCAACACGGUGCACGUGUACAACAGCUGGGCGAAGACAUACGGCCUGCUCAACCAAGCGGCUUGUGAUGCAUACAUCACUGCCCAGCACGGUAGUAACCAGUACCAGUACAGCUACUUCAUCAACGGCCCGACAGUGGGCGAGAAUGAGUGUUUCGGGGGCAACGACCCGCCCUGGGACGCCAACCUGGUCGAGGCUGUGCCGUGGGACUCGGACGGGGCGUGCUACGGCGGCUACGCGCGAAUCGGGGUGCGCAAGUACGUCGGGGGCGUGUACGAGGCCACCUGGGCCGGUUGUUACCAUAGCCAGACGCAGAUCGACCCGCCGGCAUACGCCGGCAACUUCUUCAACGGCGGCACGCAGUGGGGCGAGCGUAUCCCGUGGCAGUUGAACCGCGCGAGCUGCUUGGGCGUGUGCGCCAACAACCUCGCGAACCUCAAGGUCGAUGAUCCGGUAACGUACGCGUCGUCCAAAUACGCCUACGCCAUCUACUAUGCCUACGGUACCCCCGAGGUCAACGCGAACAACGGCGCAAACUGUAUCUGCACCCUCGGGCCCGUGCAGGCCGGCGGCAUCGCACAGUGCGAGAACUACUUUGGCAGCGACAAGUUCACCAUGGACUACCUGUAUGCCAUCGACAUUUCAGAGCAGCCGUCGGCGGGUGCGAACCGCCGGCGUGCGGAGCGGCUCCGCCAGAAGGCGUUGCUUGAUGAGACGCUCAACCAGUACUGCCCUGCGGGGCUGACACCCUGCCACGUCGCCCCAAACAGCGAGGGAUACGAGUGCAUCGACACGAGCAGCGAGCUAGAAUCGUGCGGAGGGUGCCUGUUUGGCGAGUACGGCCGCAGGGCUGGCCGGAAGCGCGAGGUGCUGGGCAAAGACAUCCUGCCGCGACUACGCCUGUCGCACGACGGCAUGUCGCCCAGGUUACAGGCUCGUGUUUGA